AAGGAAACUGCACAAAUAGACAUAAUUGUAUUCUUACUUCCAAUAAUAGUUUAUUUUGUUUGUGGAAGAUGGCGGGGCAAGAAAUUGUAAGCCGGGUUGCCUAAAUUUAAUGAGCACAUGUGAUUUUGAGGUUAAUUAAAUACAGAGAAAAAUCAAAAUAGAACAAAUACCGGCCUUUUUUAAAUACUUGAUUAGUUCAAGUCUUCUGUUCGAGGAAACAAAUAGGAAAUGCUAAAAAUGUCAGUCAAUGAUCCUGAGGCUGUGUCUGCAUUUUCGGUUUACAUGAAAAAGAAAUCAAAAUCUGCAAAGAAUCAGGUAUCUGUAUCUAACAAGAAACACAAGAAUCAGAACUUGAACGUGGGUAGUCCCAAUCUGAAGCCCUCUAAUGGAACUCAAAGUCUGCUUAAAAAACAGAAAAACGUUACUAAUAUCGAUAAUAUCAAGCAAGAUCAUAAAGCGACGAACGGUACAUCAAGGAAACGAAAAGUCGAGGCUGACAUCAAACAAAAACUAAAAAAGAAAAAGAUUAGUGAUAGUAUUGGGGUACCCAAGAAAAAGAAAAAUAAACUUGUUACAGACAUGAAUAGUGAAAAGAAUUUGUUGAAGAAGAAAAAGAAAAAAUCAGUUACUAACACAGAUAGCGAUGAAGAACCUCCAUUGCUUGUACCUAUCACGAGACACAGCAUUUCCCGCCAAAUUCCAAAAACUAACGAAGUUGAAGACAUGAAAAAGUUGAUAUCUGAAAUCAACAAAACGGAUCCUUCCCCAGAAGGGUACAAGGUAUUCAAAUGGCUCAUUGAGCCUAUGAAACCAAAAGAAUUCCUUGAACGAUAUUGGGAAAGUCAGGUCCUACACAUACAAAGACACAAUGGAAACUAUUAUCGUGAUGUUUUAACCACCGAAAGACUUGAUGAUAUCUUUAGAGAGUUUCCUUUACAAUAUACAAAGAACGUAGAUGUGGUGACAUUUGAAAAUGGAGUCAAAGAGGUUCACAAUGAAGAAGGUAGAGUAGUCCCAGCAGCACUCUAUGACUAUUAUCUAAAUGGCUGUAGCAUCAGAGUUCUGAACCCUCACACGUAUGACCAGAGAGUUUAUGCAGUUCUAGCUGCUCUACAAGAAUACUUUGGGUGUAUGGCAGGAGCUAACGUUUACUUGACACCCCCUGGAAGUCAGGGCUUUGCACCACAUUAUGAUGAUAUUGAGGCAUUUGUGAUACAGUUGGAGGGGAGGAAGCAUUGGAAAUUGUAUAAACCAAAGGGCAGUGGUGUGUUAGCAAGGUAUUCAAGUCCAAAUUUAAAAUACGAGGAAUUAGGCAAGCCUUUUAUGGAGGUGACUUUGAAUGCUGGUGAUAUGCUGUAUUUCCCUAGAGGCACAAUACAUGAAGGAAGGACAGACGAGGACUCACAUUCUUUCCAUAUAACUAUUUCUGUCUAUCAACACAACUCUUAUGCAGAUCUUUUAGAAAAUGUUUUGCCAGAUGCUCUGAAAAAAGCUGCACAAGAAAAUAUUGAAUUUAGGCAGGGUCUACCACUGAACUUCCUGAAGCACCUUGGUUAUGUAAAUAAGGAAAAAUCCUCUGAAGUAAGGCAAACUGUUGUGAAUCAUGUAAAGAGUUUGAUGAAAAUCCUGGCCAAAUAUGUGGAUGUAGACGAGGGAGCAGACAAGCUAGGGAGAAAGUUCAUGUAUGAUUCAUUACCUCCAGUUUUGUCUAAACCUGAGGCACGAUAUACUUCCAAGUAUGAUGGGGACUUUAUGAGAGAUGGGAAAAUACUUAACAGGGUAGAGAUCGGUAUGGAUACAGAAGUACGCCUCGUUAGAUAUCAUAGUAUCAGAGUGGUUAUAGAAGAUUGUCCGAAGAUUUACUAUAAUCUUGAUAAUGCAAGGGUGUAUCAUGGAGAAGAAGAACAAUCUUUGAUGAUAGACGAAGAAUUGCUGCCAUGUGUCACGGCGCUCCAGAACCACUAUCCAAAGUUUUUGAAAGUAGAUGAUCUACCAGGGGAAGACCACCUUGCUAAAGCCCGUCUGGUAUCCGACUUUUGGGAGAAGGGUUUGUUGGUGACAAAUGGGCCUUUGGAGCCAGUUGGUGAUGACGGCGGUAGUACGACUGAAGAUGAAGGAAGUGAUGAAGAAUGUGAUACAAUUUCUUUGUAAUAUUUUAGGAACGGUUCCUUUUAUGAGAAUAAAAAUAAUGUUAUAAGCUAUAUA